UAUGACAGAGACUAUUAAGUAAGAGAUGACUCCAUUAAAUACUAACAAACCCGAACCUUCUACAUCAAAAACACUCCGAAGUAGAAAAGUUGUUGAUUUAGUUUUCUAAAAUAUUACCUAUGAAAUAAGUAAUUAUUAAAGAAUAUUAUUAGAGAAAAGAGUAAUUCUUGAUAAUAUAAAUGGUAUCUGUCCUGGUGGACAUGUUACAGCAAUAAUGGGAAGUUCUGGUGCAGGUAAGACAACAUUACUGAAUGUUUUGGCUUGUCGAAUUACUAAUUCUAAAACCAAUAAAUUGACUGGGAAAUUAUUGGCUAAUAGUUGUCCAUAUGACUAUGAAAAGUUUUCUUAAUUUGCUUCAUAUGUGAUGCAAAAUGAUGUUUUAAUGGAAACUAUGACUCCUAAAGAAGCACUUGAAUUUGCUGCCAAUCUCAAAUACAGUGAUACUUAAAUAAAGUAAUCUAGAGUUAUUGAGACACUUAAAUGUAUGAGAUUGGAGAGAUGUUAGAAUACAUUUAUUGGAGGAAUUAAUAUGAAAGGUAUUUCAGGUGGAGAGAGAAAAAGAACAUCAAUUGGAUAUGAAUUAGUAUCUAAUCCUAGUUGCAUAUUGCUUGAUGAACCAACUUCUGGAUUAGAUUCUUUUACAGCUUUUUAAAUUAUGUAAUUAUAAAUUUUGAUUAAUUUAUAGCCAUUAAUUAAGAAAAUUAGCAGAUGAAUAAGACAGAACUAUUAUUUUUACUAUACAUUAACCAAGUUCAGAUAUAUUUUUAUUGUUUGACAGGAUUAUGUUAUUGGUUCAAGGAAGAUUAGUAUAUUAAGGAUCUAGAGAGAAUAUAAUUAAUCAUUUUAGUAGUUUUGGAUUUAAGUGUCCUGAUCAUUCUAAUCCAAUGGAUUAUUUUUUAUCUAUAACUCAUUCUGAAGAUAAGUAGAAUAUUGAGAAUUACAGUUUAUAUUUUGAGAAUUAUUAAUAGAAAUUACAAAAAUAAAUAGAAUCUGAAAUUUUGAAUUGUUGUAAUUCAGAUGUACCAUUAAAAAUUAAUGAAACUUCAUUUACAUAUUAAAUAGGUGAAAUAUCUUCAAGAGGAGUCAAAAAUAUAAUGAGAGAUCAUAUGCAAUUUAAAGCAAAAGUAAUUUAAGCAAUAUUUUUGGGUUUAUUAAAAGGAGGUGUAUUUUGGGGAGCUGGUCGUAAUAAUGGUAAAUUAGAAGAUUUAUUAUCAAUAUCUGGAGGUAUUUUAUAUUAAUAAAUAUAUAGCCUUGUUUUUUAUUUGUGUAGAUUUUACAAUGAAUGCUAUUAUGUCAUGUAUUUUAAGUUUUUCAGUAGAGAGAGAAGUAUUUUUGAGAGAAGAGAAUUCAAAAUUAUAUACAACAAAAUCUUAUUUUUUAGCUAAAUAACUUAUUGAGAUUCCAUUUUGUGUUAUUUCACCAUUAAUAUAAUAAAUAAUAGCUUAUUGGAUGAUAGGAUUAAAUGAUUAAUCUGGAGAAGUAGUAUUAAUACAUCUCUUAAUAUCAGUUUUAGUAUUUGUUUGUUCAAAUUCAAUGGGUAUUUAUAUAUAUAAUAUUAUUUUUAAGGAUUGAUGGCAGGAGCAGCAUUCAAAGAUAUAUAAUUAGCAUUAAAUAUUGUACCAGCUAUUGUAACUCCAUUAAUCAUUUUUUCAGGAUUUUAUUCAAAUUAAAAGACUUUUUAUCCUUGGAUUGGAUGGUUAUAAUAUUUAAGUCCAAUGAAAUAUGGAUUUGAAGCAAUGUCUUAUAAUGAAAAUGAAGGGAAGUAUUAUGAAAAUGAUCCAGAAGAUCUUUAUGGUUUCGAUAUUGGAUUAUGGUGGUGUGCAUUAAUUCUAUUUGGAUAUAUUGUUGUAUAUAGAUUCCUAGCAUUUUUAUUCUUAUAUGGUUUAAAAUAAAAACUUCAAUGAUAUUGU